GAGGCCGGUCCCAUGGGAGUCCGGCGGGCCGGUGGAUGCCCAUGGCUUUCAGCCCGGGGCUGCUGGUGGUGGCCGGUUCCUUCGCCGCUUUCCGCCUGCUGAACCGGGGGCUGGAGCGCCUCGUGCCGCCGCCGCCCUCGGCCCGGCGCAACCGCUGGAAGUGGCGCAACAUCUGGACAUCGCUGGCACACAGCCUGCUCAGCGGCGGCGGGGCGCUGGCCGGGUUCUACCUCCACCCCGAGAUGUCCAACGACCUGGUGGGCACACACCCGCCCGGGGCGCACAGCCUGGUGGCCGUGUCUGUAGGCUAUUUCCUUGAAGACUUUGUGGACAUGUUGUGCAAUCAGAAACUUCAUCAGUCCUGGGAGCUGCUCUUUCAUCACUCUGUGGUCAUCAUCUGCUUCGGUAUUGCUGUGCUGCUCCACCAGUACGUUGGCUUUGCCCUCGUGGCUUUACUGGUGGAGAUCAACUCCAUCUUCCUCCACCUGCGGCAGAUCCUGCUCAUGGCCAACCUGGUGCACACCACCUGCUACCGCCUCAACAGCCUCAUCAACCUGGGCACCUACGUGGUGUUCCGCAUCGCCACACUGGCCUGGAUGACCCGCUGGCUCUUCCUCAAUCGCCAGAACGUGCCCCCGGCCACCUACGCCGUGGGCACGGUGGGCAUGGCAAUCAUGACACCCAUGAACAUCAUCCUCUUCUACCGCCUGCUGCGGAGUGACUUCUUCAAAUCCAGACGGGACGUGCGGCGGGAGAAGGAGGACUAGCCUGCGAGGAGGGGCAGUUCCAAGCCCACGGAGCAAGUGGAGGGUGAACGUGGUUGUUUCAGUACCUUGCAGGGAGGGGCUGCACUAACAGAGCAUCCAGGCUUUUCUUGUGGCUCAAGAUCCUGGGCCCUGCACAGCAGAGGAGGUGCUCAUGGACCAGGAUCUGCUCCCCAAACACUUUUGGAUGAUGUGGUCGGACAACUGGAAGCUGCUCAGAGAAGUCUCGACAGGUCUCACAGCUCCCUGAGGCACCACUGAGAUGAGAAGGGGGCAGAACAGCAUGGUUUCCCCACUGCUCUUCCAGACAUCCUGGCACCACAGGGUGUUUCCAGUCCCUCUGGUGCUGCAGCCCCCAACAUCCCAUCAGUCACAGGACACUGAGUUCUCUGUGCUAUCUCCUAUGGGAACACCAGCAGCAAGACUCCAGGCAGACUCCUUGGAGCAAAGGAUGAUGGUGAUGGUCAAUAAAAACCAAACCCUGCACUGA